UCUACGAUAGAUUUUCUCCCGACAUGCUCAACACCACUCCACGAGUCGAUCCACCCUCCACCACUCAGGCUCCCAUUUGGUGGUCGAAUAUCGCGAUUUUUUGCGGUGUACACAUCCUGGCCUUUUUUGGCGCGUUUUCUCGACCGAUUUUGACGUGUCCAUACCAAACUCUCGUUUUGUCCUUCAUCUCAUGGCGAUUAGCUAUGUUUGGUAUCACUAUUGGCUAUCAUCGUCUAUGGUCACAUCGCUCUUUCACUGCAGGGAGACCACUUCGCGUUAUCCUCGCCGCUAUGGGCUGCUCAGGUUUUCAAGGAAGCAUCAAGUGGUGGUGCGCUCGCCAUCGCCUUCAUCACCGUUACACAGAUGAUCCCGAGCACGAUCCAUACAGUGCCACGAGAGGCCUUUUGUACUCUCAUAUGGGCUGGAUUUUCUGCAAGCCGAAAUACGCCAGGCUUAGCCUCGUUGACGUAUCCGACUUGGACAAUGACCCGGUCGUCAUCCUCCAACACAAGUACUACGUCCCCCUCGCUGUGGACACGUGGGGUGGUUUCAUUUACGGUGGCCUCAUCAGUCGACUUCUAGUUUGGCAUUGCACAUUUCUUGUCAACUCGUUCGCUCAUUGGAAUGGUCACCGUCUGUACUCGGAUGAAAUGAGCGCUCGAGGAAAUCUGUUGAUGGCGUUGCUUACUGGAGGAGAGGGUAAUCACAAUUUUCACGCAUUUCCAAUACGAAUGGGAUCCUCGGGCUGGAUCAUCCAUUUCUUAUACCGACACACCAAUUUUAUCACCAGCGUGAAGACAGCAGACUACGAUGAUAUCAUCGAAGCGCGAAGAUUAAUUGCUUUCAAGUCCCAAUCACCAGACAGAGCCGCCGUACAUGUGCAUGGAACUAGUAGUAUCGACGAUGGGAAGAACAAGGAGUUACCGCACUGGAACAGCGUGCAGAUAGAACGGUUUGUCGUAGAGAACGGACGCUCCCUCCUUCUCGUUGAUUCAAAGAUCGUGGACGUGACAGACUACAUGCUUCAUCACCCGGGAGGAUUUCGCAUUCUACGCGAAGAUCCAAUGAACGUUGAUUUCGAUCACGAAUCAUCCCUCCUCCCGCUUGGUAGUGAACAGAGGAGCACAGGAAAUCGCAGCAGCACGGCCUGGAAGCCCAAAGAUGCAACCUGGGCCUUUGAUGGCGGUAUGAACAAUCAUUCGCACAUUGCCAAACGCAAGCUAUCGGAGAUGGCGAUCGCUCUCUUUUCUCCUUCGAGCAGCAGCAUAACAGAUGCGAAUCAAUAUUAAACCACGGACAAAUUUCGCAUCAACCUAUCGACAGCGUUUCGAAAGUGUUCGUUGUCUAUCCCAUGCUCUCUCAAUCCAUCUCCAUCAAAGGGU